CUGAGAAUGACGCCUGGCGCAUGCAGAGAGAUAUCCAGACUUUACUUCGUUAGUCACUAAGGUUCUAUAGCCUUCCGGCAUACCUCAUCUUAAAUAUCGGCAGCGCCAUUCAGGUAUAUAUGCCUACCAUUUCUGCCUCUGCAACGUAGCGACAAAGUCUUGUCAUACCUUAACCAGCGUCAAGUCGUCCAAUCCCACACACCAUGUCAACCGAGACUCGUUAUCAACCACCACCCGGGCCGCCUCCGAGCCACCCUGAAUACAGCGCACCGCCUUCGGCACCGCCACCGCCCGGUCCGCCCAACAACACUUAUUACCCCCCGGCCUCGGGUUAUCCCCCUGUCUCGGGCUAUCCGGCUGGAGCUGCACCGCCACAGUCCAUGCAGUACUCGGCUCCGCUGCCGCCGCAACAGCCUGCUCCAGCCACACAGAAAAACAUAAGCGGAGAGGAGGAAUGCUGCGCAGGGUUACUUUCAGCGUUCGCGUGCUGUUGCUGUCUGGAUUUACUGUUGUGAUCGCUGUCGAAUUGAGAGGGUGGACACUCGCUCGGGCAAGUGGGUCUUUCGGGUGGCUUGUCAGUGGCUUGUCACCUUGUGAAUAUCUGCAUUCUGCAUUCUGCAUAGAGGCGGCAUAUGCGAGGUGUCGAGGACAGAUGCGAGUAAAUGAGAGCAAGCAUGUGAUUAUAGUUUUUGCAGGGAUACAAUGCACAAACGCAGACCGUAUAAUAUCAAUUGGCCGGAUGGUGUAGUUGGUUAUCACGUAUCGUUAACACCGAUAAGGUCCUGGGAUCGAGCCCCAGUCUGGUCAUUCUUUUUUGCUUUGGCUCUUCUGCUCUCGCAGAACCAAGAUGCC